UGUCCCCCCGGCCCGUAGAGCCGCGGCUCGGGGAGAACAAAAGGCAGGAGCGGGAGGAGGCGCGGGGAGGAGGGCAGGCGGCCACGGGGGGGGAUAAAAGGCUCAGCGGGACCCCCCCCCCCCACCACCACCCCCGACCUCCCCGCCCCAUGUCCGAUCCCGCUCCGCCACCCGGUAUGGCCCGUCCGCCGCUGCCCGCCGCUGCCUUGCUGGCCGCCGCCUUGCUGCACUGCGCGCCCGCCGCGCCCGCCCGCCGCCACAAGCCGGACAUGUCUCGAAAGCAUCACACCUGGAAGGAGCAGAGCCCUUGGCUCUCUUCCUUGAUGAACGCUGUGGGGACCCAUGUGCCGGCCAAGGGCUUUUCCAUGGGCGUGGAUGAGCAGGCGGCACACUGGAACCCACCCCGGUGCGGUGUGCCGGACCUCCCGGUGUUGCCGGACAGCCAGAAUGGGCGGAAUCGGCAGAAGCGGUUUGUCCUCUCCGGCGGACGCUGGGACAAGACCGAUCUCACCUACAAAAUUAUCAGGUUCCCGUGGCAACUUGUAAAAGCUAAAGUGAGAAGGACCAUUGAGGAAGCUUUGAAAGUCUGGAGUGAUGUGACCCCGCUGACCUUCACCGAGGUGCAGGAGGGACGGGCUGACAUCGUCAUCGAUUUCACAAGGUACUGGCAUGGAGAUAACUUGCCUUUUGACGGGCCCGGAGGGAUCCUGGCACAUGCGUUCUUCCCCAAGACGCACCGGGAGGGAGAUGUCCAUUUUGACUAUGACGAGACCUGGACGAUUGGGAACAACCUGGGCACUGACCUCCUGCAAGUGGCUGCUCAUGAGUUUGGCCACGUCCUGGGCCUGCAGCACACAGCUGUCUCCAAGUCACUAAUGUCUCCUUUCUACAUCUUCCGCUACCCGCUGAGCCUGAGUGAGGAUGACAAGCAAGGUAUCCAGUACCUCUAUGGGAAACCCAAACUGGAUGCUGACCCAACCCCAACUCAGCCAGCGGAGCUGCCCCAGCCAGACUUUGAAACAAAUGAGAUCACCAAUGUGGAGUCUGUGCAGCCCGACGCCUGCGACACAGCUUUUGAUGCCGCAGCCACCAUCCGAGGGGAGCUCUUCUUCUUCAAGUCUCGCUAUGUGUGGCGGCUCCGAGCUGGAAAACUGCAGGAUGGUUACCCAGCUCUGGCCUCCCGCCACUGGCAGGGGAUCCCCAGCUCUGUCGAUGCCACCUUUGAGGACCCUCUGGGCAAUAUCUGGUUUUUCCAAGAUUCUCAGUACUGGAUUUAUGAUGGCGAGAGACGGGUAUCUGGUCCCACCCCGAUUGUGGAGCUGGGCCUCCCUGCAUCCCCUGUGCAGGCAGCUCUGGUGUGGGGGGCUGAGAAGAACAAGAUCUACAUCUUCGGUGGAGGCAACUACUGGCGCUUCAACCCUCACACUCGCCAGGUGGACAACAUCUACCCCCGGACCAUGGCCGACUGGCGUGGUGUCCCUCAGGAGAUCGAUGCUGCUUUUCAGGAUGAGUUUGGCUUUGCCUAUUUCCUGAGAGGCCGAGAUUACUGGAAGUUCGAUCCAGUCCAGGUGAAAGUGCUAGAGGGCUAUCCACGCCACAUCAGCCAGGACUUCUUCAGCUGUACAUCUUCCUCCAACUCCUUCAGAUGAGGGGGGUGCUUGUAUCCUUCAUGCUUCCCUUUCGUCACCCUUACCUCCAGCAGCCACACAGAGGGUUCCCUCUGCUAUUCCUGGCUUCCUUUCAGGCUCAGCAUCUGACAAAACAGGCGUCUGUCACAAGUGACAAAGUUUGCUCCUCUCCAGUUCCAGCAGCCCCAGCUUCAGUUGCUAUCAAUAUAAAAGCAUCUGCCAUGUUCUUUGCAGGCAAGAGCAGCCACUAAACCCUUAAUGUGGCCAUACUCUUCCAGCAGUAGCAUCCCAAAAGCCAUCAAGCCAGCCUGGAACAGGAUCACACUCUCCUAAUUAACCUGGACCCCAUCCUAUAGAACUAUGUUUACAUUGCUCACAUCAGCAGCCCUUUGCUGCUCCAGCCGUUGGCCUGGGAGGAACACUUCCACUGAGACACCUCCUUCAGCCUUGGCCAGGGACUUCGAAGGACACCAGCUGCCUGUGGAAGAACACUGACGUGUGGCUGUGGCCUGGGUCACUUCACCAGGGCUGCAGUGGUGACUGCCAGGACCCUGCCACAGCCCUACUCCUGGUUUUAUGUUCUAUCAGUAGUAUGUGUUAGGAUUUUAUAGCAAUUUGUAUAUAGACAAGGGCCUCCCUUCCUUCCACGGUGCUGGGUGCCAGUGCUGGACACUGCCCCGUCACCCCCUGUGCUCAUACCGGGUUCGGUUCCCCAUCCCGGGUUGCUCGUGAUCCGUCUCCCACCGCUGCCCCCGGCCCGCCCGGACGCCGGGCUGACACCGCCCCAGCUCUUUGCACGCCCCUCCUGGCUACGUAACCUUAUGCCAAAAAACGCGAGGGGGCUGCGGUGGGCUUCUUCCCGUCAGACCUUUCAACCCGCCCCGGGUGACCGGCCGAGGGACACCGCGGCGAGCGGGCCGGGCUGCUGCCGGCGCGAGGGGGACCGUUACCCCAGCCCAGGGGUGGGGUCUCGGUGCCGGCCCCUCCUCGCGAGCGCAGCUGUAAACGCCCGUACAGCGCGUGCAACCCCGCGUGUGCCCGCGUGCCGUCUGUAUUUAUGUACCGCCCAAUAAACCGCCUCU